AAUCGUGCUGCGUUGUCGUUACUGGGUUAUUGCUAUUUUUAUACUCAAGAUUUCACAUUAGCUGCUGAAUGCUAUGAACAAUUAAUGCAGAAAUAUCCAUCAUAUGCAGAAUAUCGUUUGUAUUAUUCACAGGCCCUCUAUAAUGCUUCUUUAUUUCCUGAGGCAAUUGCGGUGAUAUCACAGGUAGAAGACCCAAAACUUGCUGGUCAAGUAAUUAAACUUAAAUCGGCAAUCAAAUAUCGCGAGGAGGAUUUAAACAACGCAAAAAUUCUUGUACAACAAUAUGAAGUUGGCGAUCCAGACACAGAAAUUAACCUCGCAUGUCUUGAUUAUAAGGUAAAUAUUAUUUUAAACCGUUUUUAUAUAUUUUUCUCACCGCUUUUGUAUCCUCUUAUUAUAAUUAAUAUAAUUUAG